CCUAUGAGCUGUCGAAAACGAAGAGAACCUUCCAACCGCUCCUCCCCACCGCUUGCUCUUUCGCUGUCCGUUAAACUGACGUCGUCGUCAUCAUCGCGCUGCGUCCUUCUUUCUGCGGUUUCCGGCGCCGCCCGCGCACGUUCAAUGGAGGGGAAAAAAAGGCAGAAUAGUUUAAUGUGUUUGGUUUAGGGCAACUUUUUUUUCUGGAGCGGGCGGGCGGGCAGAUGGGGUGCAACCCCUUCCCCUAGGCCGAGACCGGCGACCUGCUCCCCGGGCAUGGCUUCCAGCAAACGCAAGGAGCCGCUCCCGGCGGCAGCGGCAGCAUCUCGGGUCCUGGAGCUGGAGGAAGAGCUCAGGCACCUGGCGGAGGAGCUGAGUCAGUGCCAGGCUGAUAAAGAAUUUGUAUGGUCUUUGUGGAAACGCCUCCAGGUGGCAAAUCCGGAUCUUACACAAGCGAUCAGCUUGGUGGUGGAAAGAGAAAAGCAGAAAGCUGAAGUCAAGGACAGGAAAGUAUUAGAAAUUUUGCAAGUCAAAGACAGCAAAAUACAGGCACUGGAACAGAGGGCAUCAGGACAACAACAGGAGAUUAACAACCUGGUACAGAGAAAAAUUGCUGUAGAUGAGGAAAAUGCUCUCUUGAAGAAUGAAUUCAGUAAUUUGCAGCAGAAAUUUAAAGAUAAAAGUCAAGAACUUAAGGACACUAAGGAGCGUGCACAGAAGAAAGAAGAGCAAAACAGACUGGUUAUAAAAAAUCUGGAAGAGGAAAAUGAGGGAUUAAAUACACGCUGCGCUGACCUGCUAAAUGACCUGGAGAAACUGAGGAAGCAGGAGGCACAAUGGAGAAUAGAAAAAUCUGGUAUUGAUGCCAAAAUAAAGAAUUUGGAAACUGAUUUAACAGAGGCAAGAAAGCAAAUGGAAGACUUGACCACCAAAUGCAGUGACCUGUCAUCACAAGUGGUUGUUAAACAGACUGAAUUAACACAAAAGGAUUGUGAUGUGGCCAGAGUUAGGAAGGAGUUGCAGGACCUGCAGAAUCUUUACAAACAAAACACAGAACAUACAGCACAGCAGGCAGAGCUGAUCCAGCAGCUUCAGGCUCUCAAUAUGGAUACGCAAAAAGUACUGAGAAAUCAAGAAGAUGCUCACACAGCUGAAACUAUAUCAUAUCAAAAACUUUACAACGAAUUGACUAUAUGUUUUGAAACUCGGAAAGCAAGUGAGAUUCAGCUCCAGCAAAGUCAUGCUUCUCUUCAGGGUCAGCUACUGGAAAAAGAACAAAAGAUAAAGUGGCUGGAAGAGCAACUACAGCAGGCCCGAGAGGCCUUACAUCCAGCACAUCAAGAUUCUCAUCCAAAACACAGGGAACAGGAAUUUCAACAACCUUCUUUAAAUGAGCUAGAGUGUCUUAUAGCAUCACAGAAAUUUGAAAUACAGUUUUUGCAGGAAAAAUUGAAAACAGCAAAUCUUAACCUAGCAAAGCAUAGCUUUUGCAGCACAGACCUCCCUGAAAGCAAAACCGUGAAGUCUGGAAGAAAGCAUGAGGAACCACCUGUGAAACGUUCAAGGUCUCUGUCCCCAAAGAGCUCUUUCAGAGAGUCAGAGGAGCUAAGGCAGCUUAAAAUAGCUGAAAAGAAGAUUGAAAACUUAGAGAAGACACUGCAACUAAAGACCCAAGAAAAUGAUGAGCUAAGAAAAGCCCAUGAAAAACGCAAGGAAAGGUUGCAGAUGCUACAGACCAACUACAGAGCAGUAAAAGAGCAAUUAAAGCAGUGGGAAGAGGGCUACAGCAACAGAACUGAAAACACUAAAAGCAAACACCAGCGUGCAGAUCCCCACCGGCUUCGCCAAGAAGAUUCUGAUGCUGUCUGGAACGAGCUGGCAUAUUUCAAAAGGGAGCAUAAAAAGCUAUUGAUUGAAAAAUUGAAUCUUGAAGAAGAAUUAGAUCAGAUGAAAGUACGUAGAUCUAUGGAUAAGGCUACAAUACAAGAACUGAAUCUGUGUCUGCAACAAGAAAGGGAAGAACUACUCUUUAGACUUGGUGAAGAUGAUGGGGUCAAGAACAGUACUCCAAAGAAGAAUGUGAAAGAAAUAACAGAUCAGACAUUACAGAAGGUGUGCCAGCUGGAAAAGAAAUUUAGAGCUCUUGAAAGGGAAUCAAAGAAGCUGAAAGAAAUAAACAAACAGUUAACUCAAGACAAAAAUGAUCUGAAAGCAUCUAUAAAAUGUCACAAAGAAGAUGCAGACACAAAAGAGAGGGAGUUAGAGAAGCUACUGAAGAAGCUUCGAGAAAUAAAGAAAGACAAAGCAGAUCUUCAGUUAGUUUCUGAUGAGCUGGAGAGAGAAGUUACCUCUCUGAAGAGGCAAGUGGCAGAAGCGAACAGGUUGAGAAAUGAAAAUGAAGAUCUGUUCUGUGAGGUGCAGCAGUUGAAAAAUUCACUGGACAAAGCCAAAGCAGUGGGUACCAUGGCCACUGUAGGAGCAACCCAUGGGCAAUGUAAUUGUAAGACAGCAGGAACCAAGGUUAAAUUAAAAGCAGCCAAGAAAAAAAGCUCUCUGGGACGUCACCAAGCUUUUCUCAAUCAGUCUAUCAAGGUUAUGAGCAAUGUAUUUGAGAACUUCAAUAAAGAUGGCUGGGAGGAUAUGAGUGAAAGCAGUGACUCUGAAAUACCAACUUCUGAAAGCUUGGGAUCAAUAAUUAUGAAAACAGUCCAAACCGUUGAUUCACUAACAGACACAAAUGGUCAACAGGAAAAAUAUCAAAUACAAGAUAAUCAGAUGGUCCACAAUAUUGCACAUUUAGAAGACAAGAGCCAACUAUAUCACAAAAAGGGCAACACACAGAACAAGGACAUUGAAAAAUUACAUUCCCAAAGGAGGAAGAUCAGUCCUCUCAUAACAGCUCAUCCAUCAGUUAUAAACAAAGUAAACAGAGAGAAAAGAAGAAAUAUUGUGGUCCAGAAACCAGGCUGCUCUGUUUUAUUGCGGGAACGAAUUAAGUCAUUGCAGCAGCAGAUAGCUGUUCUGCGGAAUGCAAAAAGGACAGCAGUAUCUUCGGUCAAAGAAUUUAAGGAAGUCAAUGAAAAACUAACAUCUCAACUACAUCUGGCUGAUCAAAGAUUUCAAACCAGCAGACGAACAAUACAGACAUUGACCUCCGAUCUGGCUGAGUUGCAACGAGAGAGAGAAGAUUUCCAAGGAAAAUUAGAGCAUCUGGCCCAAGCUACCAGGUUGAAAGAGGGUCUAUCUCCUGUGACUUCUAACCAAAUUGAAGUCCCACCACCUACUUCUUCAAAGAACACAGAUUUGGAGAUGAAGCAGCUGUAUUGCAAACUGAAGAAUGCAAAUAAUGAAAUCACUAAACACUCAACCACUAUUAAGUCUCUGAAAAAUGAAGCCCAGGAAAAAGAAGAAAGGAUGCGGGAACUACAGGAAAAGGUUUCUCGAAUGGAAAGGGACAUAAAUAUGAAAAGACAUUUGAUAGAAGAUUUAAGGUCUCGUCUGAAAGCAUACCAGGAAACUGAAAAAACCUUUAAUGAAACAUUAGAAAGUUUUGAGAAAAAGGUAAAGACAUUGACUGAAGACUGUUCAAACAAGAAAACAUCAAUUGAUUCACUAAAGCAAAGGCUUAAUGUAGCUACAAAAGAGAAAUCACAGUAUGAACAGAUGUAUCGCAAGGCAAAAGAUGAGUUGGGGAAAAAGGAUCUCAAGCUUACCAAUCUAGAAGGUAAAAUGAUUGAAGCUGAAUGUGCCAUGACUGAACUUGAGACUACUGCAUCGCAGCAACUCCAUGGCUUGGCAAAGCAAAGUGGGCAGGCACUGGAAGUAGUGCAGAAGAAAAUGCUGCUGGCCAAUGACAAAGUGGAAGAAUUCAUAACAUUUGUGAAGGCCUUAACCAAAGAGUUACAACGUAAUGUACAGGAGCUGAGAAUGCGAAUCAGACAUGCUAAAAAAAUACAAGAGAGAGAAUGUAACAGGUAUCUUUCCAAAGAGUCUGUUCACCGAGCCCAGUCGUUGGCAGCAUCUAUCCUUAAUAUUUCAAAGACUGACCUAGCGGAGAUGCUAGAUACAGAAGAUGAUGAGGAAACAGAAAGAGCUAAAAUGGAAGUUGAAAAGGAUAAGGAAUGGCUGUGUUACAUACAGAAACUUCUUGAAGGACAGGCAUUACAUGAGACAGAGAAGAAGUUAACACCAUAUUUGUACUAGCUACCUUAAUGGAUGAAAAGAAUCUGGGGAAAACCAGCACAGAUCUUCACAAACGUAUUAAUUAAAUUAUUGAGUCAGUCUGUAUGCUUGGUAGAGUGAAAAGGAUCCAUUCUUUCAUACCUCUUAGGAAAAAGGGAUUUUUUAUUAUGUGCCUUUAAAGUCAGUAGUUGAUAUGGACACCUGAGGAGUUCAUGGGUUUCAGUGACCUUUUACUAUGGACCUGUUUCCAGUCAAUUCAUGUUUUCCUCACAGCAAGACAGCUGUUUAUUACCGUGUCUUCCCGCAUUCUCUACAAUAUUUUCUACUGAGACCUCGAGCAGCUUGUUAGUGGGAAGUAAAUAUUGAUUUGGCAUCCUGUCAAUGCAGAAAGAAUGAAAAAAUUUCCACCAGAGGCCCCUCAAACAUUUUCCUAUCGACAUUUUCUGUGCAAAGUGGAAGACUGCAUAGAGGAUGACAAGGCUGAGACUAGUUGAAAUCCCUGAGGGGUCCUCUGAGACCGCCGCUGUGACCUGUGUGAUACUUUUUCUUCUCUUUCAAGUCUUUUUUUUUAAUACAGACAUAGUCUGCUGGGAUGCUCUCCUCUUGUAAGUGAUCAAGGGCAGUUUAUUGGCAGGUGAGAGCCCUGCUUUUCUAGUUGUAGUCAGUUGUUGUUUGGAAAUCACUGACAACAUCCACUGGAUCUUGAAACUUUUUUAUUAUAUUUAAUUACCUUCUGAAUAGUGAUUACAUGCAUCUAAUAUCUGAAAUCAAAUAUUUGGUUUAUAAAUGUAAAUGUAUAUGCAGUAGUGUGAGUGCAUAAACUGUAUACUUCAUUUCUAAUAAGAAAGCAGAUAAUUAAAAAUAUUUU